AUUACAAAAGUUAUUUCCCGCGGGCGUUAAAAGCUUUUCACAGACUCCCGUUCAGCGACAGCUCAAAAUAAGGGAAAACAUAUGGAAUCUUCCAAAUGUUCUUACAAUUUCACGGUUGGCUGUUUCUCCUGUAAUCGGAUAUUUUAUCUUGAAUGAGCAAUAUAAGCUUGCGUUAGGUGCUUUCGUCUAUGCCGGACUUACAGAUUUGUUGGACGGAUUUGUCGCGCGCCGCUACAAGAUGAAAACAACGGUUGGGACCGUCAUUGAUCCGUUAGCAGACAAGACACUAAUGACGAUCAUGACUGUGACCUUAUCAAUGAAGAGUUUUCUACCAACACCGAUUGCUGCCGUGAUACUUGGUCGCGACGGAUGCUUGAUUUUAUCAUCAUUUUACUAUAGAUAUAUCUCCCUUCCGCCACCGAAAACGAUUACUAGAUAUUUUGACUUUGCCAUUCCAUCUGCAGAAGUAAGACCAACAACGAUUAGUAAGGUAAAUACGGCAUUACAAUUAGCACUUAUGGGUUCAACACUUGCUUGCGCAGUCUAUGGGAGUACUGACUUUCUUUGGAUAAAAGCAUUGCAGUACACCGUUUUUGGAACAACUAUUUGGUCUGGCUUUAGUUAUAUUCUUUCUAAGGACGCCGUCAGAAUAUUAACACCGCGAAUUCACAGGAGACAUAGAUAG